GGAUCAUAAAUAUCCUGGCCGCAUGCCCCAGCAGCCAUGACAAGCAAAAGAACACACUCCCUUAGAGAUUGCCCUUAUGAUAUUUAAAUGUGUGGGUUAAUUUUUUAUCCACUUUAAUAACUAGAUUAUUCCCCCACAAACACACUUCUUUGCUUUCUAUUUCUGCUCUGAAGCCGUGGGCACAGAAAUCUCUACAGGCAAAUUACUUCAGAGCACAUUGCAGGACAAUCCUAUAAGGAACAGUUAAGUUCACCGGCAUCUGGAUUCCUGAUCCUUUUGCGACAUGGCAGGUGUGAGUGGCUGUAUAAAAUAUUCUAUGUUUAUCUUCAACUUCUUGUUCUGGCUUUGUGGUAUCUUGAUCCUGGCAGUAGCAAUUUGGAUACGAGUAAGCAAAGAUGAUCAACAGAUUUUUACCAAUGGGGACUCCGGCGUUAACCCCUAUGUUGCUGUGAAUAUCUUGAUUGCUGUGGGUGCUACCAUCAUGAUUCUGGGUUUCCUGGGGUGCUGUGGUGCCGUGAAAGAGAGCCGCUGCAUGCUUCUUUUGUUUUUCAUAGGCUUGCUUUUGAUCCUGAUCGUGCAGGUGGCAGCAGGUAUCCUAGGAGCUUCUUUCAAAUCUGAGUUUGAACAAAUUAUGAAUACAACUCUUCAUGAAAACGUAGAGCUCUUGAGCAAAACCGAUGAUAAUGCAAAAUCAUUCCAGAAAGCCCUGUCUAAAUUUCAAGAUGAGUUUAAAUGCUGUGGUUUGGUCAAUGGAGCUGCUGACUGGGGUAAUAAUUUUCAAUACAACUACGAGACGUGUGAAUGUUCAAAUACGCCAGAUUCUUCUUGUGUAGUUUAUGAAGGCAAGACUGUUUACAAACAGCCAUGCAUUUCUUUGAUAAAAGACUUAGUUAAAAAACACAUUAUCAUAAUUAUUGGAAUAGCAUUUGGACUGGCAGCUAUUGAGAUACUUGGUCUGGUAUUUUCCAUGGUCCUAUUCUGCCAGAUUGGGAACAAAUGAAUCUGUGGAUGUGUCGAGGUAUCAUCAGUCAAACUCCUUUAAAAUUUUGCUUUGGCCUUGUAACUGUAAACAUAUGAGUACUGUAUAUGUUAGGGGCAGCUGUCCUAUUAAAAUUUCUCAUUUAUCUAGACCCCAGAUAUACUGAACAUAUUUAGGAUUUUAGAACAAUAAUACUAGGAAAAUGAUAUAAAUGUUCGUUUGUACUCAAAAUAAAAAUAACAUUCUUUACACUGGUGCUUUUUUGUUGGUCUGAUCGUAUUGUGUUCAGGUGGUACUGUGCUUAAAACAUUCAUCUGGAGCCAUCCAGUGGAAUAAUCUUCAUCCCUGAGUGACAGAGCCAUAGUAAAUUUAGGCAGAGCAUCUGGUCUUUUCAGAAGCAACACCCUUUUGUGUGGUAUAUCGACCAUUAGUGAUGAGAUUGAAUUAAAUCUCCAGCUGAAAGAUUGAGAGAGUGGCCCAGCUAAAAGAGUCACCAUCUCCUUUUUAUUUAUGCCAGUAUCUACCAACAGUGUCUUUCUUUUCUCUCUAUCCAUUUAUGGAGACAAGAUUUGAGUGCUGUCUUUCUAGCCAUUGAAUUUCUAGUUCCUCUCUGGACCUUCCUCUGGGACAUAGCUUUAACUGCUUUUAUCUUUCUACUUCUCACAGACAUGUUUGCAUUUUACUUUUUAUUGAGGUACAAUAUACACAAUAAAGCAAACAAAUCUUAAGCGUACACCUGUGUAAGCAGUGUCCUGAUUAAGGUAUAUGAUAUUUCCGGCACACCAGAAUGCUCCUCCAUGACACCUCCCAGGGUGUGCUAGAGCUGGCUCAUACCUAUGUGCCCAAUCAGACUGUAUCCAUAUACAUCUCUCCCCAACUGUGCUCCGUGACAUCACAAUGGGAGCUUGAAAACCACCACGGUGGGAGUAUUUAUACCAUGGGAAUUGACAUAUGAUAUAAACAUCAGUGAUUUUGUUUUUUUUUUGAGAGCUGGUUGUUAAACAUUUACCAGUACACCACUGCCAUUCUCAGCAAAUUCCUCCCCACAGGUAAUUGCUCUUCUGAAUUCUAUGACCGCAAAUUCAUUCUGCCUAUUUUUGAAUUUUCUAUAAAUGAAAUAGUAAAAUGUGCACUCUAGCUUCUUUCUUCCUCAGCAUUUCAUUUGUGAGAUUUAUCUACAGUAUUGCAUGCAACUGUAUUUUAUUCUCAUUGCUAUGUAGCAUUCCAUUGUAUAUGAAUAUAUAUCACAAUAUAUAUCAUCCAUCCCUCUGUUGAUGGACAUUGGGUUUCCUUCUGAUUUGGUGUUAUUGUGAAUAAAGCGGCUAUAAACAUUCUUUUACUUCUUUUAGUAUGUAUAUGUAUACAGUUCUAGGUAGAUAUGCUUAAGUGGAAUUGCUUUGUAUACAUAUAUUUAUAUUCAGUAGAUUCUGUCAAGAACUUUUCUAAAGCAGUUGUACCAAUCUGUGCUGAUAUUAGAAAAGUAUGACAAACUCAACCUCCUCUUCUGAGGAGGCACAGGAGGAAGAAUGGCAGUCAUUGUCAAGUAGAUCGGAGUGACCAGUAAGGAGUGGGAAAUUUGGGGGAGUCCUGGACUAGGUUAGGUAACCUGAUUCUGUGCUCCCCUAUUGAUGAUUAAAGUAACUGUCCUCCUGUGAGCACAUGUCUCUCCUGGGAACUAUAACAGAAACUAUACUUUUAUUACCUUGUUUCUUCUCACCACAUCCUGAUGAGGUAGAUACUAUCAACUAUUAUCCUCGUUUUGCAGGUGAGAAAAUAGAGACUUGGAGCUCUAAGUUAGGUAACUUGUCCAGAGCCAAACCAUUAGUAAUUGACAGAACUGAGACUCAGACCUCGACAAUUCCUUCCCAGACUCUGGCUGUGGAUCGUGUUCUAUUCGGUUUUCCCAUAAUCUGUCAAUAAAUAAAUUUGCCAUAUUUUAUUAUAAUUAUCUAUUCACACGUUGCCUCUGUUAGUAUACUACAACUCCUUGAAGACACUGAUUAUGUCUUAUUUGUCUAUAUGUCCCCAGUACCUAUUGCAGUGCUUGGCACAUAAUAGACACUCAAUAAAUUGUAGCUAAAAAUAA